CAGCUCAGGCCGCCCCUUCUCACUGCUCCGGUCCGCUCCCUCUGCUCUCCGGGCACCAUGGGACCUGCCUCAGGUCCCAGCCGGCUGCUACUCCUGCUGGCCAGCCUCCCCCUCGUCCUGGGAGCCCCUAUGUGGCCCUCCCCUCACUGCCUCUUUCCCCUCAGAGAACCCUCCCCCCCUCUCAGCCCUGUGCUGCUCCCCUCUGACCCUUCUUGCUCCUUCUGGGGUGCCCUGACUUCCUGCCCUGAGCCAUGGGCGGGCCGUGUCCUGAGGAAGAGCCGGAGGGGCACUGGUCUGGUCAGAGCCUGGGCCCCGGUGUGGCCCCCAGAGCAGAUCCUGACCACAUCCACGGCUCCGGCCCAGAUCCCUUCCAGCAAGGAGUUCAGGUCGGAUAAGGGGCACAAGUUCGUGAUCGUGCAGGCGGCCUUCGGGGACACGCAGCUGGAAAAGGUGGUGCUGAUCAGCCUGCAGAGCGGGUACCUCUUCAUCCAGACCGACAAGACCAUCUACACCCCGGGCUCCACCGGUAAGGCAGGCCGAAUCUUCACCGUGGACCACGACCUGCUGCCCGUGGGCCGGACCGUCAUCGUCAUCAUCGAGACCCCCGACGGCAUCCCCAUCAAGCGGGACACCCUGUCUUCCCACAACCAGCACGGCAUCUUGCCCUCGUCUUGGAGCAUCCCGGAGCUGGUCAACAUGGGGCAGUGGAAGAUCCAGGCCUUCUACGAGCACGCGCCCAAGCAGGUCUUCUCGGCACAGUUCGAGGUGAAAGAGUACGUGCUGCCCAGCUUCGAGGUCGUGGUGGAGCCUGGGGAGAAAUUCUACUACAUCGAUGACCCGAGGGGCCUGGAGGUCAACAUCAUAGCCAGGUUCCUGUACGGGAAGAACGUGGACGGAACCGCCUUCGUCAUCUUUGGGGUCCAGGACGGUGACCAGAGGAUCUCCCUGGCGCAGUCCCUCACCCGUGUCGUGAUCGAGGACGGCAGCGGGGAGGCCGUGCUGACCAGGCAGAUGCUGCUGGACGGGGUGCAGCCCCGCAACGCCGAGGCCCUGGUGGGGAAGUCCCUGUAUGUGUCGGUCACCGUCAUCCUACACUCAGGCAGCGACAUGGUGGAGGCGGAACGCAGCGGGAUCCCCAUUGUGACCUCCCCCUACCAGAUCCACUUCACCAAGACGCCCAAGUACUUCAAGCCAGCCAUGCCCUUCGACCUCAUGGUGUUCGUGACAAACCCCGACGGCUCCCCGGCCCCCCACGUACCUGUGGUGAUCCAGGGCUCCACCGUGCAGUCCCUCACCCAAGACGACGGUGUGGCCAAGCUGAGCAUCAACACGCCCAACAACCGGCAGCCCCUGAGCAUCACGGCGCAGACAAAGAAGGAGGGCAUCCCGCAGGCCCGGCAGGCCACCAACACCAUGCAGGCCCUGCCCUACAGCACCAUGCACAACUCCAACAACUACCUGCACCUCUCCUUGCCGCGCUCCGAGCUCAAGCCCGGUGAGACGAUCAACGUCAAUUUCCACCUCCGCGCCGAUGCCAACCAGGAGGCCAAGAUCCGCUACUACACCUACCUGGUCAUGAACAAGGGCAAGCUCUUGAAGGCGGGUCGGCAGGCUCGAGAGCCCAGCCAGGACCUGGUGGUGCUGCCCCUGACCAUCACGAAGGAUUUCAUCCCCUCCUUCCGCCUGGUGGCUUAUUACACGCUCGUGGGCGCCAGCGGCCAGAGGGAGGUGGUGGCCGACUCCGUGUGGGUGGACGUCAAGGACUCUUGCGUGGGCACGGUGAGCGCCCAGCCGCCCAGCUCCCGCCGUUCAGAUGACCUGGAUGAGGACAUUAUCCCGGAGGAAGACAUCAUUUCCAGAAGUCACUUUCCAGAGAGCUGGCUGUGGACCACAGAAGAGCUGAAGGAUCCAGAGAAGAACGGAAUCUCCACGAAGACCAUGAACAUCUUUCUGAAAGACAGCAUCACUACUUGGGAGAUUCUGGCCGUGAGCUUGUCGGACAAAAAAGGGAUCUGCGUGGCCGACCCCUACGAGAUCACCGUGGUGCAGGACUUCUUCAUCGACCUGCGGCUGCCCUAUUCAGUGGUGCGCAACGAGCAGGUGGAGAUCCGCGCCGUCCUCUACAACUAUCGCGAGGACCAGAGUCUCAAGGUGAGGGUGGAGCUGCUCCACAACCCGGCCUUCUGCAGCCUGGCCACCGCCAAGAAGCGCCACUACCAGACGGUGACCAUCCCGCCCAAGUCCUCGCUGCCGGUACCCUACGUCAUCGUGCCCUUGAAGAUCGGCCUGCAGGAGGUGGAGGUCAAGGCCGCCGUCUACAAUCACUUCAUCAGCGACGGCGUGAAGAAGACCCUCAAAGUCGUGCCGGAAGGCAUCAGAGUCAACAAAACAGUGGCUGUUCGCACUCUGGACCCGGAGCACCUGGGCCAAGGUGGAGUGCAGAGAGAGGACAUUCCGCCCGCAGACCUCAGCGAUCAAGUCCCAGACACAGACUCUGAGACCAGGAUUCUCCUCCAGGGGACCCCAGUGACUCAGAUGACCGAGGACGCCGUGGAUGGGGAGCGACUGAAGCACCUGAUCGUGACCCCCUCGGGCUGUGGGGAACAGAACAUGAUCGGCAUGACGCCCACGGUGAUCGCGGUGCACUACCUGGAUCAGACGGAGCAGUGGGAGAAGUUCGGCUUGGAGAAGCGACAGGCGGCCCUGGACCUCAUCAAGAAGGGGUACACCCAGCAGCUGGCUUUCAGACAGCCCAGCUCGGCCUACGCAGCCUUCCUGAACCGCAAGCCCAGCACUUGGCUGACGGCCUACGUGGUGAAGGUCUUCUCCCUGGCGGUCAACCUCAUCGCCAUCGACUCCCAGGUCCUCUGCGGGGCCGUGAAAUGGCUCAUUCUGGAGAAGCAGAAGCCUGACGGAGUCUUCCAGGAGGACGGGCCCGUGAUACACCAAGAAAUGAUUGGCGGUUUCCGGAACACCCAGGAGGCUGAUGUGUCCCUCACUGCCUUUGUGCUCAUCGCGCUAAAGGAGGCUAAAGAGAUCUGCGAAGGGCAGAUCAACAGCCUGCCGAACAGCAUCGCCAAAGCCGGAGAUUACAUUGCAUCCAAAUACGAAAACCUGCAGAGGCCCUACACUGUGGCCAUUGCUGGCUACGCCCUGGCCCAGCUGGACAAGUUGGACGGCCCCCUCCUGGUUAAAUUUAGGAGUGCGGCCACAGAGAAGAACCGCUGGGAGGAGGCUGGUCAGAAGCUGUACAGUGUGGAAGCCACGUCCUACGCCCUCCUGGCCCUGCUGCUGCUGAGAGACUUUGACACUGUGCCUCCGGUUGUGCGCUGGCUCAACGAGCAGAGAUACUACGGGGGCGGCUAUGGCUCCACCCAGGCCACCUUCUUGGUGUUCCAAGCCUUGGCCCAGUACCAAACCGACGUCCCCGAUCACAAGGACCUGAACAUGGAGGUGGCCCUACAGCUGCCCAGCCGCAGUUCCCAGAUCAAACAUCGCCUCAUCUGGGAAGCCGGUAGCCUCCUGCGGUCAGAAGAGACCAAGCAAAACGAGGGUUUCACGUUGACAGCUAAAGGGAAGGGCCAAGGCACACUGUCGGUGGUGACUAUGUACCACGCCAAGGGCAGAGGCAAGGUCUCCUGCAAGAAGUUCGACCUCAGGGUCACUGUAAGCCCAGCCCCUGUUACAGUCAAGAAGCCUCAGGAUGCCAAGAACACCAUGAUCCUUGGCAUAUGCGCCAGGUACCUAGGAGACCAGGAUGCCACGAUGUCCAUCCUGGACAUAUCCAUGAUGACUGGCUUUGUUCCUGACACAGAUGACCUCAAACUGCUGACCACCGGUGUGGACAGAUACAUCUCCAAGUACGAGCUAGACAAAGCCUUUGCCAACAAGAAUACCCUCAUCAUCUACCUGGACAAGAUCUCACACUCUGAGGAAGAAUGUCUGUCCUUCAAAAUACAUCAGUAUUUCAACGUGGGGCUCAUCCAGCCUGGCUCCGUGAAAGUCUACUCCUACUACAACCUCGAUGAGACCUGCACCCGGUUCUACCACCCGGAGAAGGAGGAUGGGAUGUUAAGCAAGCUGUGUCACAAGGACCUGUGCCGUUGUGCGGAGGAAAACUGCUUCAUGCACCGGGUGGACGAGAAGGUCACCCUGGAUGACCGGCUGGAAAAAGCCUGCGAGCCCGGGGUAGACUAUGUGUACAAGACCAAGCUGCUCAGGAUGGACCUGUCCGACGACUUCGACGAGUACGUAAUGACCAUCCAGCAGGUCAUCAAGUCAGGCUCCGAUGAGGUGCAGGCCGGGCAGGAGCGCAGGUUCAUCAGCCACGUCAAGUGCAGAGAGGCCCUACGCCUGAAGGACGGGCAGCACUACCUCAUGUGGGGCGUCUCCUCCGACCUGUGGGGAGAGAAACCCAACAUCAGCUACAUCAUCGGGAAGGACACCUGGGUGGAGCCGUGGCCCGAGGCGGAAGAAUGCCAGGACGAGGAGAACCAGAAGCAGUGCCAGGACCUGGGCGCCUUCACCGAGAGCAUGGUGGUCUUCGGCUGCCCCAACUGACCACGCCCCUCCCCUCCCCCAAUAAAGCUUUAGCCCUGUGUC